GUUUUUGGAUAAUUUUGUGUUUGAAGUUAUAUUUCUUUCUCUUUAAAGUAGAGCUGACACUUUGUCACCCGGUGUCCAUAUUGCCCCAACAGUACAAGAAAUUUUCAUUUAAGUUUUUUUAUGUCUUAAAGUAACAGAAAAAAAUCUACUAAUUUUUGAAUAUAGCAUAAAUGAUUGAAGAUUCAAUCAAGAGCUACAUUAACGGUCAACUUGCAGUAAUUUGCCCCUGAAACCUUAUUUGGUGUGGUGUGAAUGUUAUAAUUUUCGAACCCAAUAAAAUUAUGCUCCAUUUUUCGGUUUAAAAUCAAUGUUUUAAACAAUUUUUAUGAAAUUUUAGUGGAUAAUUCACUCGUCCGACAGGCAACUGAAAUGUUGUUUGCAUUCUAAGUGUAAAAUUAUUCGCAUAUGCAAAAAUACAGGGGGUGUCCAUUCUGCCCCGGGUGUUCAUACUGCCCCCGGUACCCCUAGUGGAUGAAAGUAACCACAGUUCAUCAGUUAUCAGAACAUUCAAAUUUGCCCUGGUAUCAUUUGUUUUAUUUGCGCUGAAAACGUAAUUUAUAACUCAAAGUGCAUCUGGCAUUCCACGAUAUCAGUGUCUCCCUAAUAAAGAUGAAUCGCAACCUAGGGGUUUUCAAACUUUAACACGGUUUGCGAUAUUCGUUGUUUGCAGACGAAACGAUAUUUUUACAAUGGCAAAAUUUGGUAUAAGUACCGUAAAAAGGGUGUCUUCGAUAAUGCGAGUAACUUUGAUAGCACGGAAACCGCAAUUGACUAUACGAAAUAACAUAACUUUAUUGAUCAUUUAAGCAAAACGAAUGCAAAGGUAAAAAUUGUUAGAUAUUAGAGUUGUUUUUAUUGUAAUCGAGAACGUCUGAGUCUUUAUUUUCGAAUGUUAAAAAUUGAUGAUUUUUUAGUAUUCUUGAAACGCUUACGAACAAUCUGUUCUGAAAUUGAUAACAAUGAAGAUAUCAGAACUUGUUUUAAAAAUAUAAAAUAAAAAUGUCCAGGACAGAAUACAUAUAUGUUCAGGUUUUCUUCAACAAAAACUAUCAAAAUUUUCCCGUUUUACGGCGCCUCAGAUGUAACUCUCCAGAGUUGACUAUUUAGUAUCAAAAAGAAAUAAAUAUAUUUCUAGCUCAAUAGAAAUGGCGUCUUUUUCUGCUUCCUUCUGACGUUAUGUCCCAAGUGAGACAGUGCCUGAUUCUUAGCUUAGUGUUCUCUUAUUAACAAUUCCACGCUGUAUAGCUAACUAUAAAUAAAAAACGUCGCAUUUGUUAAAGAUGAUGCCUUCGUUUUAAGAAAUACCAACCUUCAGUAAGAUAAAUAUCCAAAGAAAAUUAAACGCCUCGUGGCUGUUCUCGAAACCAUUUAUCGGUAACUCCAAAGGCCCGCGAACCGUAAAUUAGAAAACGCUGUUUUAAACUAAUAACGUAGCAGCUGAGAUAAACGUUGCAAUAUAAACCACUCAUGUACCAUCGGAAAGCGGUUCAGUUUGUCGCCUAAGAUUAACAAACGAUGUCUCGUUACGACCCGGUUGAAAGAAUAUGGUACGGACCGAUUCAACCACCGCUGUUCAAUCCGCAGAUCAGCAUUGGGCAAAUUAUGUUCAGCAUGCUGGAACGCACUCCGGAACGGGUGACCCAGAUCGAUGGAGAUACGGGACGGGAGAUGACCUGCGAGGAGUUCCGUCUCCGUGCAAUUCGCAUCGUGCAGAACUUGCAAGCUAACUAUGGCCUGAAGAAGGGAGAAAUGGUGGUGGUGGCCUGUCGUAAUUGUGAGAACGUUUUCCCAUUGGUGCUGGCGUUGCUGGCGAUCGGAGCACAAUUCGUGUUAAUGCCGAUUUACUUUGUGCUAAACGAGGUGAAACACUCCGUGAGGAAGUACCAACCGAAGUACGUGUUUUGUGAUGAUGCUAACUACGGUGAUUUAUCUAAAGCCUGCAAAGACGACGUCAUAGAGGAUCCAACAAUUUUCGUGUUGGAAAGCGGAAGGGAUGGUGUGCUAAAGUUUGAAACGCUAUUGGAGGAAACUGGAAAAGAGCACAUAUUCAGUGCGCCUUAUUUAGGCGAUGCCCGAUCAACCGUCGCCGUUAUUUUAAGCACAUCGGGAACUACUAGUAUGCCAAAAGGAGUUCGUCUUUCACAUGCUCAAGUUGUUACAUGGAGUAACGCAUACUUGAAGGUCAAUCGUGGCAUUGUAUUCAACUUCUCUCCAUUGUCCUGGGGAACGGGUUUCGGCAAUUUGUACCAUAGUAUCACAAAUGGCACCCCAAGACUUUUCACUCGAAGUGCUUUUGACGAAGACAAGUUCUUCGAUCUGUUGGCCAAAUACCCUAUUAGAUCAGUUGCACUACAGCCCAGCUACAGUAAAUCAAUCCUGUGUCAUGCUCGAUGCGCCAGCGCAGAUUUUUUCAGUAUUCAAACAUGGAUUGUUUUUGGAAGCAUAUCGUCCGAUGCGCUCCGAGAUAAAAUUGAGACUAUGAUACCAAAUGGGAGAACUCUGAACGUAUAUGGAUUAUCAGAAUGCGGUAUUAUACUGCAUGAUGCCACUGGACGGAAGCCUGGCGCUAGUGGACAAGUGGCACAACAGGUUCAAGUGAGGAUAGUCGAUGAAAGAGGCCAUCCACUUGGUGUUGGAGAGCAUGGUGAACUGCAAGUGAAAAAGGGUGAACCGUUUCUUGGAUACUUCGAUGAACCGGAAGCGAUGAUCGGCUUGAUCACAGACGAAGGAUGGCUUCGGACAGGAGACUGCGGUUAUUUCGACGAGAUGCAUUAUUUCCACAUGAGUGAAAGGAAAAAGGAUUUGCUGUGCUACAGGAACCAGUUAAUUAUUCCGGGUAGUGUGGAAUGCGUGAUCGAGGGAAUCGAAGGCGUUAUGUAUGCAUGUGUCGUUGGAGUACCGGAGGAAGGUUGGGAGGCAUCGGAUCUAUUGACCGCUGUUGUAGUAAAGCAUAAACAUUGCCAGCUGACGGAGGAGCAGGUAAUGAUGAUGACCAACGAGCGGGUUCCAGACUAUAAGCAGUUGAGAGGCGGAGUUAUUUUUCGUGAUGGAUUACCACUGGGUGGAACUGGUAAAGUUUUGCGAGACAAAGUAAGAGAUUAUGUGUACCAAAUCAAGGGAAUUAAAACAGGCUUUUGAUGUUUUGAAAAUAAAAAUGAAGUGGAUUAGAAAAAA